GAGUUGUAAAUUGGCGCGAAAAAAGGUUGUUGAUGUAUUAACCUUAGUCAAAGUGGAACGUUGAUUUUUCAGUUAUAAAAGUGUAUAAAUAAAUAAGGAAAUGGGAGAGUAUACAGAAGAGCUUUUACAGGAAUUACUUCCAUUAUUUUAUAGCCGUCUAUUUCCUUGCAAUUCGUUCUACAGAUGGUUAUCAUAUGGAAGCUCAGCAACAUUCAAGCUCAGAGAGUUAUCUUUCACCCUACUUGGAGACAUCUAUAUUCGAUAUCAAUCAUUUGAAAGUAUGGAAAAUUUCAGCAAUGAACUGAACAAACACAAACCGAUCAAAAUAGAUAUUGGUGCAAUAUACAAUCACCCACCAAAGUACAAGACACAAAUACAAAAGUUUGGUCCUGUUGAAAAAGAACUGGUGUUCGAUAUUGAUAUGACUGAUUAUGAUGAUGUGAGAACUUGCUGUUCAGGGACAGACAUUUGUUCUAAAUGCUGGAAGUUCAUGGUGUUGGCUUGUAAAGUAUUGGAUGCAGCCUUGAGAGAAGACUUUGGGUUCAAACAUAUGCUUUGGGUAUUCUCUGGUAGAAGAGGUGUCCAUUGUUGGGUUUGUGAUGAGAAUGUUAAGAAGUUCACUGAUGAGGAGAGGAAGGCUGUUGCUGAAUAUUUGUUUGUUAAAAAGGAUGGCCACAAAAAUAUAUUGUUUGGAGACAAGAUACAUACAUCAUUAAGGAGAGCUUUGACCAUUAUAAAGCCCUACUUCAAUCAAAUGAUGUUUGUGGAGCAGAACAUCUUAGGAACAGAUGAAGGUAUUAAAAAAUUCCUGAAAAACAUCCAUGAAGAAAUUAGGAUACAAUCUGAAGAAGUGUUAAGAUCUGUGGAAGGAUCUGAAGCCAGAUGGAAAGUGUUCUGUGAUUACUUCAGAACAUUAUCACAAAAGCAAAGUAUACCAAAAAUUUAUAAAAAUACAAUUGAAGAGUUGAUGUUGCUUUACUGUUAUCCAAGGUUGGAUAUUAAUGUAUCAAAAGGUAUAAACCAUUUACUGAAAGCGCCGUUUUGUGUGCAUCCAAAAACUGGAAAAGUCUGCAUACCAUUCAAUCCGAAAACUGUGGAUAAGUUCGAUCCUGCUACUGUGCCGACUUUAACACUCUUAGUAGAUGAAAUUAAUAAGUAUGAUCAGAUCACUAAAGAGGAGGAGAUGGCUGAUGGAGUCAACAGCAGCAAAAUCAAAGACUACAAAAAAACGAGUCUCUUGAAAUCUAUUACUGUUUUCGAAGAUUUCUUAAGGAAUAUUGAGAGAGAACUGAAACAGAAAAGAAAACCAACGCCCAUGGAGUUUUGAGAUCAAAUAUUAACACACAUUUCAAU